CAAAACUCUGCCGGCCGUCCCCAGUCACUUCCAUUUUCUCUCUUCUGUCCUCUCACAUCCGAUCCCCUCCGCCGCCAGCGCCAUCCGCCAGGGUCGAAGCUGGUGAGUAGCGCCAGCGCCAGUGUAGAAGAUGGCGGACGUGCAGUGAGCACCAAGCAACGACAGAUUGCAAUUUCCUGCCGCCGGCCCUUCCUCACGACCGCCGUCAAUUCCCUCGUCCUUCUGCACUGCCGCCGGUCAAAGUUACUCUCCGCCUCCGGUACCCACUAUCUAACAGGGCAAACAUCAGGCCCAAUAGAUCCUGCACUGCCGCCUCCUGAGGUUAUCAAGAUUUACCUUCCUAUUUGAAAAUGGAGUAUAGUUCAGAUGAUGAUUCGGAAAUUAGUGAUUCCGAGAUUGAUGAGUGUGAAGACAAAAUUUAUGCACGCCUGAUUUCAGGAGAUUUAAAAAUUAACAACGGGGCGAGUUAUAGUUGCCCAUUCUGUACUGGCAAGAAGAAGAAAGAUUACAAUAUACAUAAUCUUCUGCAGCAUGCGUCUGGAGUAGGUGCAGCACCUAAUCGACCGGCAAAAGAAAAGGCAACCCACCGUGCCCUUGCCAAACAUUUGAAGAAUGGCCUUGCUAAACCUCCUGAGCCACAGCCACAACUAAUUGUGGAUCAGCCCCUUCCAAACAGAAACGAGAAGUUUGUGUGGCCCUGGAUGGGUGUUCUAGCUAAUGUUCCUACUGAAUGGAAGGAUGGGCGCCAAGUUGGAGAAAGUGGAAAUCGUCUGAAGGAGCAACUAUCACGAUUUUGCCCAUUGAAGGUUAUUCCUUUAUGGAAUUUUAGAGGUCAUACAGGCAAUGCUAUUGUUGAGUUUGCAAAAGACUGGAAUGGAUUCAGAAAUGCACUUGCAUUUGAGAAUUACUUUGAGGCAGAAGGUUAUGGCAGAAGGGACUGGAAGCACAAACAGAAUCAACGGUCAAAGCUUUUUGGAUGGGUUGCAAGGGCUGAAGAUCACAAUUUUCCAGGCAUAAUUGGUGACCACUUACGAAAAAAUGGUGACUUGAAAACUAUUGACGAUCUUGAGGAUGAAAGAACACGUAAAAAUGACAAACUUGAAGCUAAUUUAGCUAACCAAAUUGAGGUCAAGAAUAAGCAUUUACAGGAGCUUGAGUGUAGAUACAAUGAGACGACUGCAUCACUUGAGAAGAUGAUGGGGCAAAGGCAACAACUUCUCCAGACAUAUAAUGAAGAAAUUCGCAAGAUGCAACAGCUAGCUUGCAGACAUUCUCAAAAGAUCAUCGACGAGAACCAAAAUCUGCGCUCAGAGCUGGAAUCGAAGAUGAGUGAACUUAACGCUAGAUCCAAGCAGCUUGAUGAGCUUGCUGCAAAAAGUGGUUAUGACAGAAAGAACCUUGAGCAGGAGAAGCAGAAGAAUGCUAUUAAAUCAAGCCAUCUUAAGUCGGCAACAGUGGAGCAACAGAGAGCUGACGAGAACGUGUUAAAGCUUGUAGGUGAACACAAGAGGGCGAAAGAAACUGCUUUAAACAAGAUUCUGAUGUUAGAACAGCAGCUGGAAGCAAAACAGACACUUGAACUAAAAAUACAGCAGUUGAAGGGAAAAUUGGAAGUGAUGAAGUAUAUGCCAGGUCAUGAAGACUCGGAGUCAAAGAGUAAAAUCAAUGAACUGAGCGAGGAGCUGCAAGAUAAGAUUGAUGAACUGGAUGGAAUGGAGUCACUUAACCAAACUCUGGUUAUUAAAGAAAGCAACAGCAGUAUUGAACUGCAAGAAGCUCGGAAAGAGCUUGAAAAUGGCUUGCUUGAUCUUUCAGGUGGCCAAGCACAUAUUGGAAUCAAGAGGAUGGGCGAGCUUGAUCUGAAAGCAUUUUCAAAUGCUUGCAGACAGAAGUCAUCAAAAGAAGAUGCGGAAGUUACUGCUGCCAUUCUCUGUUCGAAGUGGGAAGCUGAAAUUAAAAAUCCAGACUGGCACCCUUUUAAGGUUGUCAUGGUUGAUGGGAAGGCGAUGGAAAUAAUCGAUGCUGGUGACGCAAAGCUUCAAGAAUUAAAAGAAGAGCAUGGUGAUGAAAUAUACGCUUUGGUCACGAAGGCACUGUGUGAACUUAAUAAGUACAACGCUAGCACCAGGUAUCCCGUUGGGGAGCUGUGGAACUUUAGAGAAGAACGGAAGGCGUCCCUGAAGGAAGCUGUCCAGUUUGUGCUGAGGCAGUGGCGAAUGAAUAGGAAGAAGCGUUGAGCUUAAUUGCUCUAUUGACGUUGAAUAAUCAUGUUGCAGUAUCAGCAUCAGUGAACAACUAUCUGUGUAACAAGUUGAAUAAUCGUGUUGCAGUAUCAGCCUUAGUGAACUCUAUCCAGCUGUGUCACAAGUCGAAUUAUCCUGUUGCAGUACCAGCAUCAGUGAACACAUUAAUCUUUAUCCAUCAGUUUAAAUUGCUCUGUUCUUAAA